CAUCAUCUCUUCAGGUAAUGUACUGUUGACGAUGACAGAGCCAAUAGCGUUAUUAUACCUAUCACAUACUACAAAUACUCCGUAUGUCCUUGUCGGUGAGGACGAGUCUACCCCGGUUACCGAUCCGAGGACCGCAAAAGCAGUGUUGUUUCGCACACCCGCAAAUCCCUCGGACGAGACACGCUUCGACAUCAAUGCUCCUUCCGGGUUCAAAGAAUAUGACAUUCGUACACUCCUCUUCUUCUACCAGUCCCGAGAUGUUCCCUUUGGAGACUAUCUCAGACUUGCCAGCUCGGACGAGAAGUCCUUCAGCUUUAUGGACAGGAAGGAGCUCCUAGCAUAUCUAGAAGGUGGAGGUAGCACCGUUGCAAAGGAAUCCACGUCUGGAACCCCAGCGAAGCGUCCUUUGGAAGAACAGCGCACACCCGCCGAACCGAGUAAAAGGCCACGGCUACUACUGAAACCCGAGGAUGUUGAGUUUGCUCGCGAAGUAAAAGCACGGGAGAGGACGAUUGCCGACUCUUCCACGAUACUUUCCCUUCAAUCUACUAACAAGACCUUUGUCAGCAUUCUUGAGUUGAGCAGAAAACGCUUUGCCGAAAAGCAAAGAAAACCCCAAGCAGGUGGUCAAGCAUCGUCAACCCAUCCUAGACAUCCCAACUCCACAGGACAAGCCGGGCCACGUUCGAGUACAAGAGGGGAUCCGCGUGCCGAUCCUCGGGUUCGGCCGUCUAAUACCCAAGGGCGGCCGUCGCCAGCUUCACGUUCGGCGCGGGAUGGGGGAACAGAUUCAAGAAUACCAAUCAUCCUCGUACCUUCUGUUCCAACUGCCAAGUUGACAUUGUGGAAUGUCAAGCAAUUUCUUUGUGCGUCAAGUUAUAUCCGAACCGAACAAUUUGUGGAGCAAGGCUUGUCGAAACCCGCACGCGUUGUAUUAGAGCGACCCGUGCGUCCAGGCCAUCCAGGGGGGCCGGAUUUCCCAAGAACGUACCACGUGUACGACUCAGCGGAUUCGUUAAAACCGGAAGAUUGGCAGCGUGUUGUUGCUGCAUUUGUGACCGGCCAAGGUUGGCAAUUCAGUCGAUGGAAAUAUAAGGACCCUGUGCAACUGUUCUCAAAGGUGCGUGGAUUUUGUCUGAAGUAUGCGGAUGAGCCAGCUCCAGGGGACGUGGAUAAAUGGGCCGUAACCAAGCUCGACAUUCAUCGAAAUCUUCGACACAACGACUAUCAGGCUAUCAAUCGAUUUUGGGACCAAGUUGAUACCUUCAUCAUGAGAGAAAAACGUCGUCAAUUUCUGGGAUAACAUACUUCCUACGUGAAAAUUACAUAAUUGUCUACGCUGCAGGCCUGAGAAGUAAUUAUAUUUACACACACAUGUGGGUACAGGCGAUAUCGCUUUUCCACCGAGCAUUUGAGAGAUCUGGAAUACUUCAGCAUAAUCAGGGCUUCGCAGUCUGAGAAUCUUCAUUAAAUGUGGCCAAUCCUUAUAUUUUGAGAACUCAAGUUUUAGCAACACAGCCAUGUGAGGAUGUCCGUUCGACGUGUGACUACCUGAAGGCUUUGUCCUCCGCUUUGACGCUGCAUCCAUUUCUGCUGACUCGUAAAUAGAAUUUUCAUCUCCCUCGCCGAGGCCUCCCGAAUCAUGCGUAGGUGGCGUUUCCUGUCGACCAUUAUCCCUUCUACGACCCGCCGC